CUUCCGGGUGAUGGAAAGUUGUCAACAGUUUCGUUGGAGGAGAAUUAAGCUUCAAAUGUAAGUUCAUUAGUGUCACAGACCAGCGCAAAACCACCGAGACUGCGGCGUUCAGCGAUGAACUCGACAAAAAGUUGCGGGAAGUGAGAAAUGAAGAGGCGACAUUUGCACAUGAUUGUGCUGCUGAUCUGAUGGAGAAUAACGCAUCUGCUCGGGUGUGGAUUAUCAAUCCGAAUCAAACCUCUGGACUCUGACGGGAUUCUCUGGGAUUGUCUGGUUUCAGAUGAUAGGAAUAUUCUCUCCCUCUGGAGGUUUUUUGGGUGUUGACGCAACAUUCGAAGUGUUUUUGUUUUUCUGUGUGAAAGUUCACAAAAUCUGUAGUUACUUUUUUUAUGACAUUACUGACUGUUUCAGACUCCACUUUGGUCCUGUUUCACAUUUCAGUUGGACGCCAAUCUAAUCCCGGGUCCAUAAAUCUGUUUGGCACAGAUUCCUCUUAUUUUAGUGGUUCUUUGAAAUAUAACCGCCCUGAUUCGUUGGAUUAGUGUAAAUGUAAAGGGUUAGGUCUGCAACAGUGUUGUGCAAUGCUUGUGUUUCUGCGCGCACUCGUGCGGGUAUUCGCUUGAAGCGACAGAAGAGCGCGCACGUUCACGGCGGGGCCUGUGACGUCAUGGCGGCGUGAACGCGUGAUGUUGAAUUGCCGCACUUUUCCGCUUGAUCCAGUUUUACUUCAAGAUUAAAGGCUUGAUCCAGUUUUAAUUCGAAUUAAACAUUUAUAUUUUCACUUUAUGCAAAUUUUACAGAUUAAUAUAAAACUUUUAUAAAAUACAAAAAUUUGAAAAUUUUGAUCCAUUUAUAAUUCAGUCAGAUUUAAAUUGCAGCGAGUUUCGCAACAAUUAAUAUUUGUUAUGCAAAAUUGCAGCGCUUCAUCCAGAUUUAAAUCAAGAUUAAAAGCUUGAUCCAGUUUUAAUUCGAUUAAAAUAUGCAGCCAGGGCUAUAAUACUUAAAUAUUCACAUUUUACUCUUAAAGCCGAACCUUCAUUUGAGUUUAUGCACAAAGAUCUCAACAUGAUCCAAUUUUAAUGGUUAUUUCAGUUUAAAUCAAACGUGCAACCAGGAGUGUAACACUUAAACUAUGAUUAAACGCAAGUGACAGAAUAUUCUGGCACUAUUUGAGUCUUUAUGCCAAAGUUGACAUUCAUUCUCUGCUCAAAAGCAUCCACAGACAGUAGCAGAACUUAAACUUCUCGCUUCUACAGUCCUCAUGAGGAAGCUCGUGUGAUCUUCAGAUAAGUUAAGUGAGAAACGACAAACUGCACGUCUGCGAGAGGAAACGGCCAUAAGAGCCAAGACUUGCGCAACAGCUGGACUGAAAUCUGCUCUUGUUACCGUUCUGGCAGCAGUCGCACUGUAAACAGCCAAAGGCAGAGACGUCCCGGUGCCAAGUACACUAGAACAGAUGUGAUUGGUUUUACUGUUUGGUUUCGAGAGAUUCAGUCACAUACCUGAGGGUUUACCUGAGGACGGCGAAUAUGAUUUAUGUGAUCUGUGCGAAAGCACUCUAGAAUAACUCAAAGUGUUUUGAGCUCUGUGGGUUCUUGUGCUCUUUUCUGCCCAACUGUGAAGGAAUGAACAAAGAUCAAGUUUCCAGUGCCCGGGCAUAACGUCAAACGGACACACACUUGAGCACGCUCGCGAGCACUCUGUCCAGGAUGAGCGGUGGAAGGAAACGGAGUGGCUUUCAAAUCACUAGCGUGACGUCAGACUAUAAUCAGGGCUCUGGCGAGAGUCUCUCUCCUAAAGGAACCGCUUCUGCGGAAAGAGCCACGCCCACUCCCACCUCCCCUCUCCGAAACACCGCCCAUGGGCGGAGCCCUCGUAGCCAAACGGCCUCGCCCACUCAAAUAAUAUCCAAUGGCCCCUCCCUUCGCCCCGUCCUCCAGACGCAACAAAGCUGCAGUCAGCCGACCACGCCCGUCACAGCCAGGAAGCAGAGAUCGUUGGACGCCGGCGGGGCGUCGCGGUUCCGCGUGGUGCGUUUGGACCAGGGGUUGGGCGAGCCGUACAAACGCGGCCGCUGGACUUGUCUGGACGUCAUGGAGCGGGAAGUCGAGGAACGGGGACUCCGCCGAGUGCUUGACAGCAUGAGACACGCCCAUUCGCUGGAGUCCUUGGAGACGGUGGGUCUGGGCGGGGCCGAAGGAACUGUGGGCGGAGCCUGCGGACUUAUGCCGUUGGGGUUGCGGGGGCUGCACUCAGGUCACCUGGUACACUCGCAGGGCACCACCCACCUGCUCGCCCAAUGCAGGGCAGAAACGGCCCACAGCGGCCCGCCCUCACCCACACACGCCCACAUACCACACGACUCGCUGCUGGUCACGUCCGGACAUGUGCCAACCACGCCCCGCACACGCAACAUACCCGCCCCGCUGCGCCUCGACGUGGAUGCCGAUGGCAAGCUCCGCACCACCCGCUCACAGCCGGCAUCGCCCGGACCACUGAGUCAGGACAGCCCCUUCCACAUGGGACUCGCGGCCAUUCAGACUCCAUCUGCCCUCGCGCUGGCACAGUCCAUGUUCGGCAUGGGCCGGGCGUUUGAGCUCAUGGGAGACGAUGGUGGACCCAACAGCAGCAUGAUUGCCAUCGAUAACAAGAUAGAACAAGCUAUGGACCUGGUGAAGUCUCACCUCAUGUUGGCGGUGCGAGAGGAAGUAGAGGUGCUGAGAGAUCAAAUUAAAGAGCUGUCUGAGAGAAACGCUCAGUUAGAGAGAGAGAACUACAUCCUGCGAGCGCUCCGGGACAGAGACUAACACCCCACUGCAUCAUGGGAGAUGUAGUUUGAUCUGAUACCUGCCCAAAAAGGGAAAGAUUGUUAGUGUGUGAAUACAAAUGACAUGAUGAGAGGAGACAAAAUGUGUGUGCGGUAUUGAUUGAUUAUUUGUGCCUUAAACAUCUGUAAUGACUGGUAGUGCUGCUUACAGUCUAAUUAAGAGAUUACAGGAUAAUUCAAUAAUGCUCUAUACAGUGCCUAUUUA